CAUCCACUGAACAGAUAGCUCUCAAGAGAGAGAGAGAGAGAAAACGACAUGGCUCGAUUAACGUCGGUAUCCUCCAUCAUCCUUAUGCUAUGCUGCGUUGCCGCUGCAUCAACUUUCGACGACUCCAACCCUAUUCAGAUGGUAUCCGACGGUCUCCGUGGCUUUGAGUCCUCUGUUCUUAAUGUCAUCGGCCAUACUCGUCAUGCUAUCUCCUUCGCCCGCUUUGCUUACAAGUAUGGGAGGAAGUACGAGAGCGUGGAGGAGAUGAAGCUUCGGUUUCAGAAUUUCAAAGAGAAUUUGGAUUUAAUCGGAUCCACUAACAAAAAAGGCUUAUCUUAUACACUUGGUGUUAAUAAGUUUGCUGAUUGGAGCUGGGAAGAGUUUCAAAAACACAAGCUCGGUGCUUCUCAAAAUUGCUCCGCUACUCUAAAAGGCAAUCACCAACUCACUGAUGACGUCCUUCCUGAAUCGAAAGAUUGGAGGGAAGCAGGCAUCGUCAGCCCCGUCAAAGAACAGGGCAAAUGUGGGUCUUGCUGGACAUUCAGUACCACUGGGGCUUUGGAGGCAGCUUAUCAUCAGGCAUAUGGAAAAGGAAUCUCUCUAUCUGAGCAGCAGCUUGUGGACUGUGCUAGAGCUUUUGAUAACAACGGUUGCCAUGGUGGGUUGCCGUCUCAUGCCUUUGAAUACAUCAAAUAUAAUGACGGCCUUGAUACUGAGGAAGCUUACCCUUACACUGCAAAAGACGGUGUAUGCAAAUUCUCAUCCGAAAAUGUGGGUGUCAAAGUCGCCAACUCUGUCAACAUUACCAUGGGUGCUGAAGACGAAUUAAAGCAUGCAGUUGCCUUGGUCCGGCCAGUUAGCGUGGCAUUUCAAGUUAUCCGUAGUUUCCGGCUUUAUGAGAGUGGGGUUUUCUCUGCUGAAACAUGUGGUAGCACUUCACAGGAUGUGAACCACGCUGUUCUCGCAGUAGGGUAUGGAGUUGAGAACGGUGUUCCAUAUUGGCUCAUCAAGAACUCAUGGGGAGCCGAUUGGGGUGACAAUGGCUACUUCAAGAUGGAGUUGGGGAAAAAUAUGUGUGGUGUGGCAACAUGUGCAUCAUACCCCAUUGUUGCUUGAUCUGAUUGAGCAGUUGUCUGGAUUAUGUCAUUGUUUAAAUUAAGGUAUAAGAAAGUGAAGGGUCAAUGUCAUGGUGUUUAGAUGAAGGAGCUUGGCUUAAUAUUCAAUAAUUACAGACAUUUAUAAGAUACCGAUCUGUUGUACGCAACAAAGACAAAAUUGUAGAUUUCAUAUUUGACAUUCUUGUUGUGUAACAAAAUUUCAUCAGGUUA